AUGGCCAAUGGAACCAUACCAAUGCCGUCUGCCACUGCUCAUACGACUGUCUUUGAUCUCGCACCCCCUCGAAACGGCCUAGGAGAGAAUGCAUUUGUUGACUCAGGUGGCGAAGCUCUCGUUCCUGCCAAACGUGCUUUGUUCAGCCCCGACCGACCGGCCAAGGACCGCUUCCGAUGGGGCUUCAAUCCUGACAAAGAUCCUCGAGUCGGGUCGCUCCUGAAGUGGAUUCACGAGAUGUCGAAUGGGCUGGCGACCAUCGGGCUAUCUCAAUUUCUGCGUACUCGUCAACGAGGAGCGCUAUUCUCGAAUGCUGAUUACCAUGCCUCCUCGGCUGUGGGUGCUCGAGUGCAGCCUGCGUUCGACUGGUUGAAGCUCUCUGAACUUCAAACCACCCUCGAUUCGACAUUGCAAUCAUCCGUCACGCUUUACGACCCCGCCUAUCAAGUCGUUGUCUUCGUAUUCCUGCUUUCACCCUCAGGAAACAGUAUGGCUGUCUGGCGACGAAAACUCAAUAUUCCGGAAGCGAUCCGUGAUGCUCAAAUGAACCAUAUUCUGGAGGUGAAAGCGAGUCUCAAAAUCAGCUACCCUGUGUAUGUUGACGAGUGA